GGAAUUCAUAGUUCGAUAACGAAACUGGGAAAAAAGGUUUGUGAAUAUCACUUCGUUAUUUUAUUUUUCUGUGUAUUUUUUUUUUAUUCGAAACAUGUGUUUAUAUCUAUAUUAUAACGUAACACCCAUUGGGGUCAAACUCUCAGAAACAUACAACAGGAACACACAUAAGUUCUGAAUUGUAACAGUGAUAUCGAUGGAUGGGUUGAGAUUGGUGAAUUGCUUGUUUUAUAAUAUUUUGAAAUGUGUCCAUUUUUGGUCAUAUAUUUCUUACUGAACUCAGUCUUUUCACUUUUAUAAACGUUUAGUGUGUGUGUGGGGGGGGGGGGGGGGGGGGGGUCAAAAACAUAAUAUAAAUCGAGAUACCUUUAAUGUAUAAUAAAUACAGUACAUUCAUGAACUUAUCUUUCGUUUGAAAACAAAGCUAAAAUGUGCAAGUAUAUUGUAAAACUUCAAACUUCCAGAAAUAAAUAAAUAACAUUUUUAAUAUGUUCAUUGCGAAGUAUGUACGUACAGAGACUGUGGGAUUAAGUGGUUCUAAAUAUACAAACACAUAAUAAAACAUUAUUGAUCUGUUAAAGCUCGUUCAAAGUCAAGAUUUAAAAGGACGCCGAUAUAAUAAAGAAAAAAAGUCGAAUUUAUUCAAAUGAAUGCCUGGGCUGUUUAAAUUAUGUAGGGUUAUAAACAAUGACACGGAGCCGAUAUUAGUUAUUGCGUAUCCGUAGCCACGACACACUGUUUGGUUUAUUUAAACAGAAAGCUGUUCUAUAAGUAAACAGAUCUAAGAUACGAAUCCGGUAUAUUUCUGUUUUUAAAGACGACCUUGCAAUUGACGAAUGUUAUAUUUAGAUCGCUUAUUUUGUGUAUUGCGAAUCACUAUCGGUUAUUUCGAAUCACUAUCGGUUAUUUCGAAUCACCAUCGGUUGUUUCGAAUCACCGGGUGAGCAGAUAAAACACGGGCAGAAAAUAACAUUUUAACAGUUUGAUUAGUAAGAAUUAUUUACCCACGUUCUCUAAAAGUAAAAGAAUUAUUGACUAGGUGUGUGUACUUGUUAAAUAACGUUAACGUCCCUCUGCCCACACGCUGAAAAAAUACAGGAGCGGAUCAUGCCGGAAAAGAUCAGAUUUCAUCAUUGGCAUACAGUUAAACACGGAAGUUUCGGUGGCUUUGGCCCCCAUUUGGACGAACUGGGGACCUAAACCGACCAAACAGAACCCUUUUAACCACACCUCUGAAUCGAUACUCCAAAUCCGCCCAUGCUUAUAAGGCAAUAUGUAUUGAAGAAGAUAAAUUCAUUUAUAUAAUGUUGAGGUACCAUCAUGAUGUAUGAAAAUGGAGCAAACAUGAAUAUUAUCAGAUGUUGAGUUUCAAUAGACUGCAGAAACCAAACGAGCUUAAUGUGUCAAAUAGUAUAUUAACAGAAUUCAAUGGCAAGGCAUACCCUUGGUCUAUGUCACGUGAUGGCAAUACUUACUGCACUGGCUUUUUCGCAGCUUUUAAACAAAGUAAUAACCCAAGAUAGAUAGAGAGACAAUUGCAGCUGUAGCAUAUAUUGAAACCAAAAUAUUCUUUGUUUUUAUCAAUUACGAUUUUAUACGAAGUUUUAGACAACAAAUUUUCCCCCGGAACAUCAUGUGUAGAUAUAGAAGCAAUCCGUUAUGGGUUUCCAAAUAUCAAUUGAUUUUCAAAAAAAAAAUCUUAAUAUUUGUUUAAUAAUGCAUAAAAAUGAAACUUAUUGACAAUAAUCAAGAUUUAUAUUCAUAUACUUUUAAAAAUCUUUUAUGCAAAUCUUUUAAACAAGUUAUUGAUCAGAAAUUAUUUAACCCAAACAAUUGAUAAUGAUUUAUAUGUAGGACUCAUUUCCCAUGCGCAAUUUAACACAAACACCGCUCCUGCCGCCGAGGAUAAAAAGGGUCAAUCGUAUCUCCAUAAGUCAUAGUGUCACAUCAUUAACUUUACAUACAUUUACCUUGUAUAAACAAACAUUUCCGGACUCUAACAACCAACGCAUAUAAUCGUUCUUUUUUGUCCUGCGAUUAGGUACAUGCGCGAUUCGAAAUACCCCAAACUGAAGUGGAUUGUAAAUGUGGUCAUAAGUUUUUAUGCUUUAUAAUGUUAAUAGAAAUAAUCAAUGAUCGUGGAAGCUUAUAAAAUUGCCGUCCUAUCGAUAUCUAAUAUGUCAUGCUUCUUCCAUUUAAACCGCGACGACAUCGACGAGAAAUCCAACAUUUCUUCGCCGGGUAACUAUAUAGCGAGUUUAUGAAUGAAACUAUUGAUUUUGAUAUAUAACAAUGCACGAUAUCUACCCUUUUAUUUUUGGAUACAAGCUGCUGUCCUUUAAAAAAAAAAAGAACUGCAAUAUGUGGCCCACUGCAGACAUAUAGAAACUUGAUAUUCUGGGUUGAAAUCAGCGUGUUUAAAAAAAGAUUUUUUAAAUCUUCAAACAUGCAAAUAUUUCAUAAGUUUUAUUGUUAGAGCUGCAAUGAUAUUUCGGCCUAAUGGAUAUUCAAUAUUUGUAGAUUUGACCUUUAACCUCAGAAUUAAGAGUCAUUCAUGUAUUUGAUGCUGCGUUGGAUCGUAGCGGCUAUCCUAGGGGCUAGGUAUGGUGGCUGAUUUGUGCCAUUAGUAGCGGCUAGUCUAGGGUUGGGUAUGGUGGCUGAUUUGUGCCAUUAGUAGCGGCUAUCCUAGGGGCUAGGUAUGGUGGCUGAUUUGUGCCAUUAGUAGCGGCUAUCCUAGGGGCUAGGUAUGGUGGCUAAUUUGUUCCAUUUUACAAUGCCAUGUAUUUUCGUCAUUUUGAGGCGAAAAGUAGCAAAUAUCAUUUAUUUCUUUUCAUUAUUUCGAGACGAAUUUGACUACGGAUGACUCCGUUCACAAAACAGAUAGGUCCGGGAAAGUGUGGCAGCUAUCUGUAUACAAGAUACAAUGACACGUGAACGUGUGCUAUUACAGCUAAUACAAGGAAAGAUAUGACAUCUCGGAUUUACCAGGAAGGCGGUGUGAUUCCCGUUAUCUGCCUCGUACUCGUUAUGUUAUCUGCUGAAACACAUACAUACGAUUUUUCAUUUGGGGUACACCAAGUAUCAAACUGUCCAAUGAGCAAGGAGGCGUGGGAAAAGGCGUCUCUCCGGUUAAACUGCACUCAACAACAUGGAUAUCACUGUGUUCCGGAUAAAUAUUUCACCUCACUUAUUGAAUUCUGUUAUCCACAUGGAUACAGAUUGCCUUUUGAGAAAGGCAAUUGUCUAGAAUUAGCAGCAGAUGGAAUCUUAAACCAUGUUGCCUGCGACAAGUUCGACAGUGGAUGCCCUGAACAGUUUUAUUUCAGCAAUGAAAUAUACAAAUAUCCAAAGUGUUUGUCCAUCAACACCAAUUUCAGAUGCUUUGAUGCAGAUGUUCCGUGCAUAUUAUCCAAAAUUCCUGAAAGCACUACGAGCAACAACGUUCACAACACUAGCACUCAAAUUAGUACAACGCUAAUGACCAGAAUAAAGAACAACUGCACAGACUAUUUUGGAUCUUUUGCUGUCAUCUUGACUCUGUUUGUCGUUGAGAACAUUGCACUGUUUGGAUUCGUUAUAUACAAAUUUUACAUCAGAAGGAAAUCUGAUGAUGGUCAUUUAGCAGAAUCUCUGCCUUUAAAUGAUAAAGGUUGUACUUUUGAUGCUGUUGAGUCGUCAUCACAAGAAAAUUUACCUGAUUUACUGAAUGAAAAAGAUCCAAACUUCUCGUGCCUGAUAAAGUCUUGCAGAGAAGGAAAUGUGAGCGAGUUUAAUUCUAAGACAGAUCCAAAAACGUUCGAUCAAGAUUUAUUGAACAAGGCAGAUGCCAUGGGAUGGACUCUUCUUCAUCACGCAGCUUACGGAGGAAAGAUGAGGAUUUUUCAACAACUUCUGACUUAUAAAAUGGUAAACUUGCGUGCAACAGACAUCAUAGGUAGGACAGUGCUUCACAUUUCUGCCGCUGUUAAAAAGGGGGAGGAAAACGGGGAAAUAUUUAGGACAAUCGUAGAAAAAGAACAAUCUCUUUUAGAGGUAGAGGAUAAAAACGGAUUGAUGCCAUUUUGUUAUGCAGCGCUUGCUGGAAAUAAAUCAAUUCUGGAGCAGAUAUCUAAUUAUGGCUUUGAUAUAAGAAGGCAAACAAAAUAUGGAGAAACUGUUGCACAUUUAGCAUGUAUAGGAAACAGCUUGGAUGUUCUUCAAAUGUUAUCUAAAACGGAUGAUAAAACAACUACAGACGAGCGGAAGAUAAUUUCAAGAAAGAACAAGAUGGAUUGGAACCCGCUGCAAUAUGCUGCGAAGACUGGAAAUAAAAAGAUUUUGCAGUUCUUAGAUGAGGAAAAAGUGCGCGUUUUCUAUUCCACCGAGGAUUUGAAAUAUUCCUUUCAUACAGCAUGUGAAAAUGGAAAUCUUGAAGCUUGCAAAUACAUAGCAGGCAAAAGUAAAGAAAGCAUCCAUGCGCGUGAUAAGUCAGGAAGGCAUGCUGGUCAUUUUGCAGCUAAAAGUGGGAAUAUUGACAUAUUGAAAUAUCUUGAAACUCAUGGCCUGAAAUCUGAUGAAGUCUCAUCCCAGAACAUUAAUAUUCUUCACAUAGCUUGUCGUCACGGGAGACUUGCCAUGUGCGAAUAUAUUGCAGAAAGAUAUCCAGAAUUAGUUGCACAAGAAAGUAAAAAAGGAUGGAACCCAGCCCUAUUUCUUGGUGAAAGAGGAGGAGCUGAUGAAGAAAGAAUAAAAAUUUUAACAUAUUUAGUGACAAAACACGAUUUAUUCGUAUAUCAUGUCUCCAGAGCCGGAAAGUCCAUUCUGCACAACGCCUGCUCUAAUAGAUCAUACAGACUAUGUGAGCAUCUUUUAAAAACUUAUCCAGGUCUUAUGACAAUCGAACGAUCAAUGGAUCCAAAAAGAGCAGCCAGAGAUCAAAAGAUCAAUGAACUGAUAAAGAAAUAUUCAUAAAUUAUCUCCCAAAUUUCUGUUUUGUAGUUUGAAAGUGUCUAAAAUGGAUGUUGUCUGAAGAGGACAAGUAUCAAAAUGCAUUACUCCUUUCAUUUGUGUUUUCCAGUAUCUUGGAGGCACGGAUUGGGACAACCCUGUAUUAUGCAAAUGACUAAAAACAUUCUUGAUUUGCUUUCAAUUUAUAAUAUUGGGUUAGUUUUAAUUCCUCAUUAUUGUUGGUGUGCAUUGCAGUCAUCUCAAUAUUUAACUGGAAUGUAAGCAGUUUAUAUUCAUGAUGUACCUCAUGACGUGUUAGUUCUAUGUACUAUUUUCAUCGAUUUCCUUUCGUUCAUAAUUUAUCUACUUCAUCUAAAACAGUCAUUUCUCGCUGUCUGGUAGAAUGUUUUGGCUUAUUUCAUUCACACUCCAGGCCUUGCCUUUUUUAUUAAACUAAAUUCAUUAUUCCAUUUGGACUUUCAAAAUAUUUUUGAAAGUUAAACAAUGUGAUAUCAAUUUCAUGACUCGGUACAUUUAUGUAUAUACGUCAUAUGUAUCACCUUUCAUAUACCAGUAGUGACUAAAAUUAAGUUUGAUCAACGAAACAGAGACUAAAACUAAGUUUAAUUACAUCUAACGAAACACAGGACAUUUGCGAUAGGGAAAAGAAGGUAAUUAAGCGAAGUAAAAGUAGACAUUUCUCCAAAUGCUGUUUUAAUCAUCUGGCGCUCAUAUGCAAAGGAAUCAAAUAUCACUGGCGAGAAAUUAUAAUUCAUUUAUUAAGAUGUUGAUUUAAAUUUGCACAAAUGCUUAGGGGCCUCCGUGGCCGAGUGGUUAGAGCAUUGCGCUCAAAAUCACAUGGCCUCUCACCUCUGUCGGCGCGGGUUCCAAUCCUGCUCUCGCCGGUAAGUGAGAAAGUUUCCCAGUUUACUUUCGGAAGGUCGGUGGUCUCUUCCCAGGUACAUUGUAUCUGGGUUCUCUCUUCCACCAAUAAAAACAAUAAAAACAUCGAAACAACAAACACAAAUGCUUACUUUUCCUUCAAGUGAAAAGUUCUUUUUGAAAUACAUAUAUAUGUAUGUACAGUGAAAUUUCUUGAAAGAAAUGCUGUACAUGGAAAAGAAUCCUAUUUUUGUCAAGUUCACGCCUUUUUGUGAAAACUAUAAUGCCGAAAAACAAGCAUUUUUUUCAUUUUUGAUUGAAGAGUUACCCAGUUUUUUCAAUUUGGGAGUUUUGAUUGUCAUAUGAUGGUUGAGGUUCAAUCCUGUUCAUAAAACUUUUGAGUUUGUCUCCGCAUAUGAUUUUGUAUGUAUCCAGAUUGACUGAGAGGAGUUAAAGUCAGCUUAUAAUAAUUUAUGAAAUAUUUUGGCUAAAGGAAUUCUACAUAUAAACUCCUUCGUCAAUCUGAACUUGGUUUUGUUGUAAUCAAACUGCCUUAGUAUUAUAAUAUAGCGCCACAUUGCAACCAGAUCGGGAUGGUGGUAUUUUCUUGUUUGUUGUUUUUUAUUAUUAUUAUUUUGACCUUUUUUAUCUAGCUUCUGUUAAUGUCCCAGAUGCAGCAUAAGUAGAUCCUUAUUGUUUGAGAGACAUUAUUGAUUUUCAGAACCACGGACAAACUUUAGAACUCUAGAAAUAAUCAAACAUCUCCGACUCAUCAUCAGGAGCUGUUGUCGUAACAUUAUACGAUCAGUCACUGUUUGUCUCGUGUUAAUGUACGAUCUAAGAAUCCUGUGAUUUUUGCAAGAUAUGUACUAAUAUAUCAUUUAUCUAU